AUGGACUGCUCUUUAGUCACAAUGGAUUCUGACUACGAUGAGACCAUAGAUCAAAGAAGCAACGCCUCCUCGGACGCGGACGAUGAGGAACCUUCCCUGAUCGAAUACGCCAGAUACUACGGUUUAAGCAAAGACUACACUGCCCUCUACCCUCUGUCAUCUUAUGUCACUCACUCAAUCGCAUUCUGGGAAUGCCCUGAUCUUGAGGCCAAUCAGCUCCCACCAUUCAAGCUUCCAGACACAAUCGACCUCGAAGAAAAAUGGACCAUUGAUCUCCAGAGUGCUGUAUUUCUCAAACAGGUUGCUUCGCUGGAUGUCGCGCCGUUCCCUGAGAUCUUACGACAACGAAACACGUCACUUGAUCACAAGGUCGAGCCACUGCUCUUAUCGACAGAUCCGGAACUUGAGCAGCGACGAUUCAUACGGGCACGGAACUUACGACGAAACAAAGCUUCGCAAGAAGUAUCGUCCGAAGCUCUUUGGCAAGAUGAUCAAGCAGCACCGCUGUACUGGCCAGAGCCUGGUUUGCCUGCCACUUUGAUUGAAGAGAUCAAGAAGGAGAAGCUGCAGCUCGACAAGAAUGACAUACUCUUCUUACAGCAAUGCAUUUCAAUGCCUGAAGAGCCCGAGGCACAGGAGCUCGGUGUACCGCCUUACAAGAAGGCGAGACAAGAGUACGAGGCUGCAAGACAUACAUCACCCCUUUUGCCAUGCUCUUCUCCAUUCCAAUUCAGCGUUCCGGACUCACCUAUCAGCCGCAUGCCAUUGGCGACUAGUCCUGUUGACCCUGUCCCGGCCGAGAUUGCCAGGAUCACGGACGCUAUGGACGUGGACGAUGACUUCUCUCUAGACGGGCUGUCAGACAUCUCAGCUUUCGACAUCGAGGCUGUUAGUGAUAACCACUUCAAAUCGCCAUUGAAGCGCAAGAGGCCCGAGGAUUACAAGGUCGAACUACCACUAUCUCCAGCUCUAGGGUCCUCGUCCCCAUUGAAAAGGAUGAAGACACUCACCUUCUCAGACGAGCUUUGUACUGCCAUACCCGACUACGCAAAAGCUUUUCCCUCGGGUGAUACGAACGACACAUAUGGAAUAUCCAAUUUCCUUGAGCAAGUCAUCAUGCCUGGUGCACAAUCAGCAAUGCUUGCCAUCAACGGUGAGCAGCUGAUACAGGCAGAGUCGAUACUGAGAGUAGAUGUGCCCGCCGUUGACGCAACAAGUCCGCUACCGCCAUGGGAAGUGUUUGCUUGCAAACCGUGGGGCAACCAGACAGAACUCGAGGCUCAGCAGGGACUAGUAUCUAUGUUGAAGCGGGAGUUCAUCAGAUCGCGCGAACACUGGCCCGAUGUUGGCACAGUUGAUAGGGCCAUAUCACGUUGGCGACCAUUCGACAUGCAGCUUAGCGACCUGCCCGAAGAAGACAUUGGUUGCGACCAUCUGGACAAAUUUGGACCCGAGGAGCCGCAAGACACAACUUCAGGGUGGAAGCUAGAUGGUCUGAGAGUUCUGGAUCCAUGUGAGGACGACGAUGAAGAGAUGGAGGCUGUCGAGAUUCCGUUAAUGCUAGGUAGCCUCAACCUGACGGAUGAUGUGCUGGAUCGCACUGCGCUUAGCACGACGGAUGUUCACGAAUCCGCCACAACUCCACAGCCUCGAUCAUCCUUCUUCGCCCUCCCGAAGACGACCGCGAGCAGAUUGAUUCCUCUGCCAUCUCAUGGGACUUCGAUGGCAACUCAACCCUUGGCAUCCAGCACGUUCUCGGCGAGCAAUACUCUAGAGCGUUUCAUGCAAAUACACACCGGUCAAAAGACCAAUGCAAAGCCACAGACUCAUACCCUACCCAAGCAUGUGGACAAGCCCGCUGGUAAACCUGUUGCUCACACUGAGAAAGAAAACGAUGCGAGCAAAGCAACAAGCUCGACACCAAUUCAUCUACCGUCCUUGCCAACACCCAUGCCAUUACGGACUUUCGUUUUAUCGUCAACCAUGUUCGCAAGAAGAAAUUUGAUGAAGGAGAUCUCACGUCUAAGCUGCAUGACCGAGUACAUCGAGCGCGAUUUCACGUCUGCUCGAGCGUUGCGUAGUACGUCGUCUCUGACCUCAGAAGCCGAUGAAGCCGAUUUGAUUCUAGCGCCUGGACAUGGACUCAUGUUGACUACACUGCAAAGGCUUAUGCAGAAGAGCCUACCAUAUCAAGUCACUCGAAACGUCGUCCGUGAGCGUGUUGUACAGCUUGCACGCCGGUAUGAGCGUCUGAUCAUUAUGGUGCAUGAAGAGCAGAAUAGCAACCAGGAACGUCCGUUGGACAAUCGCGAGUGUGGCGAACUUGCCUCUCUCAUCAACUUCUGUGCAGCACAGAAUCAUGAAAUACAGGUCAUGUAUAUUCCCGGAGAUGAGUCUGCACUGGCGACUUGGAUCGUUGCAAGCAUGGUUCGCUAUGGUCUUGAUGAUCCGGAUGUGCAGCUGUUGCAAGAUGAAAGCUCAUGGGAAUUGUUCCUCAGGAAAGCAGGUAUGGACGCGUUUGCGGCUCAAGUAGUUCUGAAGAAGCUGAACGCGCCUGAAUCUAUGCCAACUUGUUCAACUGAGCAACGUUAUGGCCUGCCUGGGUUUGUCAUGAUGGAUGAGGCUGAGAGACUCAAGAGAUUCGGCGCUCUUUUCGGUGGUGAGAAGAUCUUGAGGAAGGUGAGCAUGGCAAUCGAUGGUAGCUGGACGCGAGAUGUUGUUGCUGGCGAUUUGAAUGGACGAAAGCUAUGA